AAACUUUACUGUAAGCUACAAGCUUAAAAUCGCUACCGAAUACAAUGACAAAUUUAUAUUCCUUAUCAAUAUUACCGGGAAUUUCGUGUAGUGACUUGUUGUGAAACAGCAUGGAGGGAUCGGAUACACCAAGUGGCCGUAAAAUGAAUUGCCUUAAGCUGCAAUCAAAUUUAUUUGAUGGUAGCAAGUUCAGUUUGUCUGAACAGUCAAAUUCAAUUCUUUAUCUUCAUCCAUCCACCAUGGCUGCUCUUUCUUUUGCAUACGGUGAUUGGGCAUUGAUAAGCACCAAUAGAGGCUCUAUAAUUUUAAAACUCUUUUCUCAUGAUGCAGUAAAAGCUGAGUGUGCUGUUUUUCAUUCUUCAAUUUUCAAACAUUAUGAAAGUUCUACAAUCUCUGUUUUACCCCUGAAAUCAAGUACUGAAGCUGCAAAAGAAGUCUAUUUGUCUCCUGAUAAAUAUAGAGAUUUCAUGAAUUCUCUAGAAUUUCAAACGUAUGUUUCAAAAAUACUGAGGCAUAUCUAUAUCAGAGAAGGCUUGGAAGUGGAUAUUAACUACUUGGGGUAUAACUGUUUAUUUACUAUCAAACAUAUUACUCCAAAUAUUGAAAAAUCAGAAAUCAAUAAUAAAGAGCUCCAGUGCAAUAAAGUAAAUUGUUCUGAACUCUUUGAUAGUGACGAUUCAGGGUUUGAUACCAUUCAAACAUCAACUCCCAUAUCAUCUCGUAAAGAUCCAGCAAAGUCAUUUAGAAGUAGAAAAAAACAGUUAUGUGAAGAAAAUUUUUAUUUUCUGCAUUCUCUGUCAAGGAUUAUAAUGAAGCAAAGUAAACCAGAAACCUGCAUUUGCUUUAGAGAUAUAAUUGCUUUGGAGGAAGUUAUCAAGUUUAUCAAAUGCAGCAUUUCUUCAAUGCUGCAAUCAGAUGGUGGGCCAUUCAAUGUUUUUCCUAACGGAAUCCUCUUGGUUGGGUCUAGUGGCUCUGGAAAAUCAAUGAUUAGCAAGGCCUUAAAGCAUGAAUGCAGCAUCCCUGUAUAUGUUGUUGAAUGUCACAAUAUAAAAAGUUCAGAACAUAAGGAUAACACCACAAGUCUUGACAGAAUUUUUGAAGAAGCUGUUUCAUGUCCUCACUCUAUUUUGUACUUUGAUGACUUGGAUAUGAUUUAUAAGAAUGAUAACCCUCUUUUCAAGGAAGAAGAAUUCCGAGAAAACUUUGAAUCUCACAUUUAUAAGACUUUGAACUAUGCUUCAAAUGUUUUAGUAAUUGCUUCAACUACAAAUGUGAACCUGAUACCCUCAUAUUUGAGAAAACAUGAUUUAUUUUCAAAAGAGUUGCAUUUAAAUAUUUCUUCUCUUGGUAGAAAACAGAUAUUCCAAAAUUUUUUAAAUGAACAUAAAUGUACGUUGAGUGAAACUGAAAUCAAUGAGAUAAUUGAAGAUACCAGUGGCUUUAGUGGUGGACAGCUGCAGCAUUUAUGUGAUAAAGCAAAGGAGUUAUUUUUACAAGAUUCUCUGAAGAAUCCACAGGAUUUUCCUUUUAGAUUGAUAGAUUUAAAGAAAAGUUUAAAACAAAUAAAACCACCUGUUCCAUUUAAUUUUGAAAUUCCAAAUGUAAAAUGGAGUGAUAUUGGAGGAAUGAAAGAAGUGAAGGAGGCCCUGCAGGAAAUGAUAAGUUGGCCAUUGAGACUAUCCCAUCAAUUCAAACGAUUCAAAAUCAGACCGAGUAGAGGUAUAUUGAUGUAUGGUCCACCCGGCUGCUGCAAGACAAUGAUUGCCAAAGCUCUUGUCACUGAGGAACAUUUUAACUUCAUACCUGUGAAGACUUCUGAGUUAUUCAACAUGUAUGUUGGUGAAUCUGAAAAGGCAGUUUCUGAUCUGUUCAAGCGAGCGCGUUCAUCAGCCCCUUGUGUCGUGUUUUUUGAUGAAAUAGAUUCUUUAACAUCCACCAGAAAUAGUAUUAGUGGCUCUUCCAAUGUUACUGAGAGAAUCCUGACACAACUGUUGACUGAAAUUGAUGGUAUUGAACCACUCAAUGGAGUGUGUAUCCUUGCUGCCACAAACAGGCCAGACAUCAUUGAUCCUAGUUUUUUAAGACCUGGAAGAUUCGACGACAUGAUCUAUGUUCCAUUGCCAGACUCAGACACAAGGAGUGAGAUUUUUUCUGUGAUGUUGAAGAAAAUGUCCACAUCUGAUGAUGUUAAUGCUACUUACUUGGUAAAUGCAACUGAAGGAUAUUCUGGUGCUGAGAUUUCAGAUAUUUGUGACAGAGCAGGCAGAUGUGCUGCUACAGAAGAUGCAGCAUCCGUGUCUAUGAAGCAUUUUACCCAAUCUUUGAAGGAAGUUUUACCCAAAACAUCAGAAGAUAUGAAGCAGUUAUUUGAAAAAUACGAAAAACAAAGAACUUCUCAUUUUUCAUAACUUUAAUUUGUGCUAUUCCAUUUCAGGAGGUUGUACAAAUCACCAAACUAUUAUUGACACUUUUGACGCUCAACUAAUUAUGAUAACAGUGUACUUUCCAACAACUACACAAUUUUCAUACUUUCAGAAAUUAUUUAAUUCUAGUGAUAGCAAAAAUAAUGUUUUAGUAAAUUUAGAAUUAAAAUAUAUAUUGUCCAGCACUACAUAUGCAUAAUUUAAACAGAUGUAUAAGAAAGUGAGAUAGACAAGGGACCACAUUCGCAUGUUCCGAUAAAAGUUUUAUUAAAAAAAUUGUUUGUUUUAAAGAUUUCGGCUUUAGUUCACUGCCAAUGGAAAAAAUACCUCACAAAAGUAAAAAUACCUCAAACAUUGGAGGGUAUGUAAUAUGUUCAACUGCAGUUGUAUCAACAUUUACUAUGGUAAUAGGUAUUUAAUUUACUAAUAUAGAUUCAAUCUCAGUAGGAGAAAUCCCCAGCUCGGCUACUACUGAUUUUCAGAGCAUCUGCACAUUGCUUUUCAUCUCGGAUUUAAAAAACAAAAUUAAAAUAUUACUGAGAGGAGAAAAAGAAAAAUCAUUUUUAUUUCAAUAAUUAUUUGCUGUAGGUCUUAACAAAAUUAGUUUGCUAAUCCACACGCACUAAGGAUUGCGCACUAGACAAAUAACCAAAGUAUUAGCCAAUUUUCAAAAGUCUUCGCCAAAUACUAAUCUUAAAAAUUUUUUAUUAUUACUUUUUUUCCCAUAGAAUAAUUCCACAGGGUUUUAUUUGUAUUUUAUGGUAGUUCGUUUAAGGCUUAAAUUUGGAUUUCAUUCGCCAAAUAUACGAUUUUAUUGCAUUUGGCCAAGUGGUGAAUGCUUGGCAUAGCCCCUGCAAUCUACAGAUGUGUAAGCAAAGAGAAAAAAAUUAUCCCGUCCGAAAAUUCUAAAUAAUGUUCUUUAAAUAACUGGAAUUUUUAAAAAUUAAUAAUUUAUAAAACAACAAAAAUUAAAAAUAAAUAAAUUCUUGAAUUUAGAAAACUAAUAAUUUUUUAUAGACUGUAUAGGGACUUAUUCUAUUUUUAAAAUUGCUCAUGUUACAUUCAUUUAAAAGUAUAUUAUUUCAUAUAAAAAAAUUUUUGUGCAUAAUAUUUAUUUACCUCAUACAUGCUAAUUUUGUUGUAAAACACAUAUAGUUUAAUUUUUACAGUGAUUGUCUGUGAUACUAAGAGUCAGAAAGAGACUAAUUUAAAUUUAUAGAGAUUGUGCUGCAAAUUGACUCUGUGAGUUCUUUUACAGUGAUAAAAGAUUAUUUACAGCCUCUUGAAAUAGAAUUGUACACUUUUCCAGUUUUCAACUGUAAAUAAUACGCUAUCUUUGUAUAUAAUUCAUGUCAUAGAAAAUGUAUAGAUAAGUGUUUCUCACCCUCCAAAGUUUUGUCAAAUGUGCCAAAAGAAUUUACACUCCCUCAUUGAAUAAAUUUUUUAAAUUAAUAAUA